CGAGGCUUGAGAUAUCGUAUAUCUACUAUAUGCUAGUUAUUCUAAUGUUAAUCUCGGAGUUGUGUUUGUGAGUGAGCAUAUGUUUUAGUUACAGCCCUCCUUUGCCAUUCUGAAGAGUAUGAAGAUCGAGUUAUUCAUGGUUGACGUCUCAGUAGCGAGAGCAUAGCGAAUCCAGAUCAUCUUCGACUAAGUACACUACCGCUGUUGCGCGCCAGUGAGUGUGGACGACCUGCGCUGCGGGCGCUAAAAAGCGUGAAGAUGAAUAACGGCCCCUGCGGAUCGUUUUCAGUGGCUCGUCACUUCUUUUUGUGUCUGUUGCUCCAGCUCGCAAAUGUCUCUCUCCGGCGGGGCGACGCCGUCGCGGCAGCUGCAGCUGCGCCGGACUACUCCGUGGCGGCAGCUGCUGCAGGUGCGCCGGACGCAGACUUGUUAGAAGCAACGCUUGAUGUGGGUGGGCAUCCGCGCGUUACGUCCACCGAGAAGAGUCCUCUUCAAAGUAGUGGCUCAGCACCUACACAAGACGAAGACAAGAAGAUGAAUAUCAUAACUUCAUCCUCAAAAGUAGCAGCAGCAGCACCAUUCGUCGCGUCAUUAUCGGGCGGGGGUAGCACCACCACCGUGAACACGAUUGAACUGCCGGAAAUAAAUCCGGUAACUGCGAGAACAGCACGAACGCUGCAGAGUAGACCAGGCGAGCAUGAGGGUGUAGCGUCGCCGCAGCAAAUUUUUAUACCGAUCCAAGAUCCACUCCACGAAGAACAGACACAGCCCGGUGACGCGAACCCUCAGACCUUGACCGGAAACGUAUGAGAGUGCACAGCUCCACCUCCGCCCUGUCAUUUCCAUUAGUUGUGUAUGGCACAAACAGCGAAGAGCGACAGAAAUACUAAGAGAAUGAUGAAACAUCCCGCAUUCGCCCCUGGGUGCUGAUCUUGAUAAAUUCAUUUACUCUACACGCGGAAUAGGGUAGGUACAGGUCGUACAGUUUGGACGUGGAGUGCUUGUGGUAUAGCUUGUCAUGAGGACUAGGCCUCACCAAGAACAGCAGGGGUUGUAAAUUUGCAUGUUCUCGGCCGCAGGUGAGUUAGAGGAGAAGUUGUGCACUGUCAUAACACGGUUCGUGGGCCUCUCUUCUAGAGCAACACGGAACCGGACCAGGAGCAGCCCCCUCGCGACUCGUCGCAUCGCAGCCCGGUGCAUCAGAUGCUGCGGCUUCGAAGACAGUAGCAUCUGAAGUAGAUCCACGAUGGGCCGCUGAGCAGGAGCUGCCAGUGGUGCGGAGCAGUGACGGUAGCAACACGUCGGGGCGGGUAUCAAAUGGACAUGUCGCACGGACUUUUGAAUCUGUUGCUCAGGAAAGGCAAAGGGAAAGGACUGCUGACCCAGACGCAGUGGAGCACGGAGAAGCUGGAACAGAAGAUCUCGUAAAGAAGCCCCUAUCCUUGUCGUCUUCAUCUGUAAGUGUAAGCAGCAACCGCAGAGAAGUUCACGAGCAAGCGCCAAGGGAAGAUAGCGCAGUGCUCGCACUACAGAAUAAGUUCCAGAAGGAAGAAGUUAAGGCUGGCGAUCAGAAAUCUGCCACCGAAGGUCGCGAUCAGGUUCAGGAUAAUUGGUCUUCAUCAGGAUCAGGAGCUCGUAGUGUGGAGGAGAAAGAAGGAGCUGCUCUCCUGGAGGGCGACCCAUCACACAACCGCGGCGCCGACAUAGUAGCGACGGCACCGACCACGUCGCCAAGCCGAACUUCACCAGUUAUAAAGAAUCACAACGAGGAGCAUGGUCCUCCUCUCGGCCUGGAAAUUCCAUCAACAAAGGCAACAGCUUUGCCACCGAGCACCAACAAAAUUUUCCUCGAAAAAACAACAAGCACCGCCAAACCGCAGAGCUUCCUCGGCACCUCGGCGAGCAAAAUUAGUACCAGCAGUAGUGUAGCUAGCAAAAGUAAUAGGGCGCACGGAAAAGUGGAUGUUGACACCACGGUCACGAUCGAUCUAGCGGCCAACGGCCUCCUGGCAAAUGCGAGUGGUUCAAAUUCUUCGAAUAACAAUUCGAAUACUACGGGAAACAGCUCCGUCGCUGUCGUAGUGUCUCCAACGAUGAAGAGUGUUGCUCCCGCCCUUGCGCCAUCUCAGCAUCUGGUCAACAAAUAUUUUUCUCCCCUGCAGUAUCGAAAGAAAGAAAAUUUACAGUUGCGCAUUUGAUGUAGCUUCACCUUCAGCAAUUGACAAUAAAUUUUCUCUGUGUGGCAGAGAAACUUGCAUCAAUGCAGAGAUCAUAAGGGAAAAUACGCAUGAGGCUGUGCUCUUGUGCAUAUCCGGCAUGAGAGGGCUUGUCUCUCAUGCUUGUCCCGCAACACUAUGUGUAACUGUAGCGCUUUUUUCUUGGCAUAUGCAGGGAAUAACCAACGAUCUCUACAAUGUCUUUGGCGGAGGUGGGGGAUCUACUAUGCAAUUCUCAAGCGUUACAUUCGCAAUUGCUGCGUGGAUUUGUGACGCAAGAAAAGCAAAACGGAGGAGGUUGAUGCACGUCUAGCAUAACAAAUUCGGCACGGGAGAUGUCCAUGCGCAUGUUGUCUAGCUCUUCAAAAAAUUGCCGUGCGAAGUAGUUUCACCUUGUGGACGUUCAUGCUAAUUUGCGUGGCAAAUCAUGUGACAGCUCUUGAGAAUGUAGUGCCUGCGAAUCCCAUACCCACAGCACCGACCAUGCAGUCGAGGGAGGAGGCUGCCAGCAUUGGCAUUGGCUCUGGCUACGACCUAUUGCGGGACGAGCGUCGGGCCCCCGCACCUCUUUUGACUCGCCGAGGCAACGACACUACGCAGGUGAGUCAGCUGUCUUUUUAUUGUUGCUUGCAGCAACGAUGGACCGGCACCGGGGCGAGGACGAGUUUUUGUGUCCCUAGUAGGUUAUUUACCAAGAAUCACAUAGACAUACCCGCUUACUCAGUACGGCUAGGGGCAAAUUACUGUUGAAAUAUCAAGAGCAUGAUUAUUCAAUAGCAUCAUGGUCUUCACAUUGACGAGAGACAGAGACUCCAUACCCCACAUCAACGAACCGAUCUGAUUACAGGCUGAUGCCUUCUCAGUGAAAGACGCCAUUUUGACACGAACCGGACUUCUGGUGCGUGAAAGUACCGGGAACGGCGAGCUAGAGGGGCCUGGAUACGACCGAAGUGACGUCACGCAGUCCGAACGGCGCACGCCCAUUAUUCUGAGCCGGAUGUCGCCGUACAGCCAGUACAAAGCGGAUCCCGGGCCGGCAACGGAUCCGAAGAAGUACCUGGACAGCGACCUUUACCACCGGGAGCUCAUCAUCCGGGACGAUAAAUAUCGCAUCCUGUACUUUUACAUACACGUUCUAUUUGGUAGUUCGUAGUCGGCUGCUGCGUGAUUUCGUGUCAGUUGUCCACUCCUUGCAGGGGCUCAUAAAUUUGUUCCUUCGUAUUUUCUGAUGUUGAUAAGCUUCCUUUUUGUGUGGCUUUGCCUUUGGUGUUCUAGAAUUAUAUAUUCAUGAGGUCAAGAACAACUGCAAGGCAUUGCAUUGUUCGUUUUUCUCGUGGUUUCAGGUACAACGAGGAAAUGCUGCGCGCUCGGCGACUACUGAUCGACAACGCGAAGCGGGAUCCUCAGCGGUUGGGCUUGACCUCGAAGGUCGGUUACUGGGACGAACGUGUUUGCUCCUUCACGGGCAACGUUAUUCCGUUACGGACGUACGUCAUGACCCGCGUGCCCAUGCUGGAUCAGCAGGCAAAAGACACCAGGACCAGGGACGGAGUGAGUGGAAGUUAUCCGAACUUUCGGGUGCGACAAGUCCCCAUGCCCGAAGAACCGUGCCUACCAAAGCCCGCUCCGCUCUGGAACGCCGGUACUUAUUUAUCUUUUGCUGUAAAACUUGCAGCAGGUCUAAUACGACAGUACUUGCUUUGCUGUGAGGCCAGUUUAUCUUGCUUCGCAUAUGUUGUGUAAGUACUUCUUGAGUGAUGAAGAACGGCUCCACAUGAAGUUUGACUGGUCCACGCUAGGCGGUCGCCAUCGCGUACGCGCUUCCCAAAUACGCACUUGGACGUGUUUCUAAUUUUAUGCCAUCGGAUUUAUUAUACACUCAACGAUGUUUUAGUCUAGAGGAGCUAUAACACGACGCAUGAGCUGCGUACGCAUGAUGCACCUGCAAGAGCCCUAGGCCGGCUAGGGAUCUAGGUCAACUUCUAACUAGUUUGUUUCACUAGCAAAAGCGCUAGAAUCUUCAUCUUGAACAAGAUCCCAGUUUAUACUUUAACAUCCAGCAACAUGAUGAUUAUGCUCUUAUCGUCCACAAUCACAGCCUCGCCGCAGGGUCUCGCCUUGAUGAACGCGACCAACGUCACGGGAAAAAAUGCCUCCACCUCUUCGGCCUCUGCCAUGUCAUUUCUGGAUGAGAAUUACAGGACAGCAGGAGCAGCAGCACAAGGACAUCAGAGAAACAUCGCGCCAUCUGGCAGCAUGCUGCAAGCGAAAGACGUGGCGGUGGACACCGCGGCUGAGAUUUCCUUCUCCACACGGGCCAGCAACGACGAAGUUUACCGGGCACUGGCGAAAAGUAACGUACCAGCCUCGGGGACUCCUGUCUACGACGACACUGUGCCGCCGCCAGGAACGGAAUUCGACGACGACAAGGAGUUCAAGCUGGACUACGGUAAGUACAUAGAAAUUACGGGUGGAUGAACAUAACUUGUUUAGUCUUGCCUGAGCACUAAUAUUUUUCGUCCCUGCAACAAAAAGGUUUACUCGACUUGUGAGAAGGGCGGUCUACUCCGUUUCGAGCAGCGUCCGCUGCUAGUGCAUGCUUGUAUCUUCAUCGACGUAUUAAGAUUUUCAUUCGCUACAUUUAUGUAUGCCCGCUAAUUAUGUACGGGAGAAGCGUAUGGUGUCUUUUUGCCGCCCUAGAUGACACAGCCUCUCCUAAUACAUAGCUAUCGACGAUAUUUUCGCAAUUUUGAACAGCCGGCCUCGCCUUCCACAACGUUUUGGUUGAGCAGGAUUGUUGGAUGUUGUGCGCAUAUCAUGUAGAAAAAAGUGCUAUGCUGCAGAUUGACUAUACCUUUAAGUGCAGGAGACGAUGCGAAAAAUUCGCAACUGCUUUGCUUGCUCGGGGAUGCUGGACUCGGAGCCGUAUUUUCUUCCCUACUUGGGAAGUACGUAUGGACUACAUGAAUCUUCAUUAUCGACGUCUAGUAGAGGAAUAAAACUGAAACCUGUGAAAAAUAACAAGAUCAAAACCUUGUAUGUAAAAUCAAAAGUCGUAAUACGGUGCAGCACUUUUUUCUUGCAAUACUGCACAGCAUUUCAAUUGUCUGACCUGGAAGUAUACCAAGUGUCUCUCCGCCGAAUCCUGCGGCGUGACCGCCGGAAACUGCUUCUUGUAUGACUCCAGCGAAGUGGUUUUUGUGCCGGAGCCGUUGGCUGAUGUAGACGCAGAUCGGGCAGUGUCGAUCAUUAACGAUGAUUUCACGUUCGGGUUCCGCUUCUGCCUCACGGACCCGCCGGUGAAGUCGUUUAACCUGAUGCCCUGGAUCACCUUCUCGAUCAUGAUCGUCUUCUGCUGCAUGUUGGGCACGCUCUUCCGCGUUUCUCGGGAAAAAAAAGACAAGCUCGUCGCGGCAGACGCGGGCACGGCCGGUGGUGCCGCAGGGAAGAACCGACAACAAGGCGAGAAUCAAAUGCGCGACCUGAACACCCUGCGAUGGUCACCAAAAAAGGGGUUUGUCCUGAAGCAAUAG